AAACAACAAGAAAAAAUGUUCCUCUCUGUGCUUUGUGGGAACGUAAACCUAAGAAGUUUGCCAGUGUGUUCAAAAAUUUUAAUGAAGUGUAACCACUGUUCCACCCUGCUCAAGCGUGGGAGCUCGCCUUGUCUUCAACCCUGAGUUGCUGGAAGGUGAAUUGAAUCCAUGGGGAGGAACUCGCUAAAGGUUCGACUUUGCCCUCGGAGGAUUUGUUCAACGAUUUGGCUGGUUGCGCAGACAAGGUGUUCGAUGGAAUGCCCAGGAGAGGAGGCUUGUUGGUUGUUUUCUUCUGAUGAGGUAACGGUAGUAGUAUGAUCUUGAAUUCAUCUCCUAUUUUGCAAUGUGGAUGUACAAUUAAAUAUCUCUUCUUUUACAUUGCAGUUGUACAGUUGAAUAUCAAGCAGUUUAGGUUCCAUUGACAGAUAACAAUGUUUAAGGCUUCCAUACAAAGAAAAAUAAAAUACAUCGUUUAGGACAUAUAUAUCGUUUAGGAGAUGUAUAUUGCAAUACUGUUCGUUCAAGAGCUAGCAGAUGCGUAGUUGAAUAUAUAUAGGCAUUAUUUAGGACUUGGAUCAGUUGACCCAUAGGCACUGCUACUCUGCAGUUUUCUAAUAUGGAGGUGGUCCUGUUGCAAUAGCUUAUACUUAUCCAUUUCCACCUAACUCAGCUGACCUCGCAUAAUAGCAUCUUCUCCUAGCUGUGUUGGUGCUUGCGGGUUGAAGCCCAUGGGUGCCAAGGAAGGUUUCUCUCCGACAACCAUCCCCUGCCUCUUGCUUCUGUUCUGCUUAGGCUGCAAAUGUCUAGCGUCAGAGCUUCAGGUGACCCAGACGGCAACAGUCAAGGUUGAUGCCUCGCCGGAGCAUGCUCGGAAGAUCCCUGAUACACUAUUUGGGGUGUUUUUUGAGGAGAUCAAUCAUGCUGGAGCUGGUGGAAUAUGGGCAGAACUUGUUAGUAACAGAGGUUUUGAAGCUGGAGGCCCCCAUACUCCAUCAAACAUUCACCCAUGGUCUACCAUUGGUGAUGACUCUUCCAUUUUUGUGGCAACUGAUAGAUCAUCAUGUUUCAGUCGAAACAUUAUAGCUCUAAGGAUGGAGGUCCUCUGCAAUGAUUGUCCAGCUGGAGGUGUUGGCAUUUACAACCCAGGGUUCUGGGGCAUGAACAUUGAGGAUGGAAAGACCUACAAUCUAGUUAUGUACGUUAAGUCACCAGAAACAGCAGACUUGACAGUUUCACUAACAAGCCUGGAUGGGUUACAAAAUCUGGCUUCAGUCAAUAUAAAAGUUGAUGGCACGUCAAAUUGGACAAAACUGGAGCAGAAGUUGGUUGCGAACGGAACCAAUAGAACCUCAAGGCUUCAGAUAACAACUAAUAAGAAAGGAGUUGUAUGGUUCGAUCAAGUAUCACUCAUGCCUGCAGACACAUACAAGGGACAUGGUUUUCGCACAGAUCUUGUAUCCAUGCUUUCGGAUUUAAAACCACGAUUUUUAAGAUUCCCUGGAGGUUGCUUUGUAGAAGGUGAGUGGUUAAGAAAUGCAUUCAGGUGGAGAGAAUCUAUUGGUCCAUGGGAAGAGAGGCCUGGACACUUUGGCGAUGUUUGGCAUUACUGGACUGAUGAUGGCCUUGGAUAUUAUGAAUAUCUUCAGCUUUCUGAGGAUCUUGGUGCUGCUCCAGUCUGGGUAUUCAACAAUGGAAUCAGCCACCACGAUGAAGUUGAUACUGCUAUAAUCGCUCCUUUUGUAAAGGAUGUAUUGGACAGCCUAGAAUUUGCAAGGGGGAGUGCUAACUCAACAUGGGGCUCUGUUAGAGCUGCAAUGGGGCACCCAGAACCAUUCCUGGUCCAAUAUGUUGCAAUUGGAAAUGAAGAUUGCGGGAAAAAACAUUACCGUGGUAAUUAUCUGAAGUUCUACAAUGCAAUAAGGGAGGCCUAUCCAGAUAUUCAAAUGAUUUCAAACUGUGAUGGUUCAUCUAGACCACUUGACCAUCCUGCUGAUUUAUUUGACUUCCAUGUUUAUACCGACUCUAAGACUUUGUUUUCCAUGAGGAACACAUUUGACAGAACAUCUCGUGAUGGGCCCAAGGCUUUUGUUAGUGAGUAUGCAGUUUGGAAAAGCGACGCAGGUAAAGGAAGUCUUCUUGCUUCAUUGGCAGAAGCUGCUUUCCUAACUGGAUUGGAGAGGAAUAGUGACAUUGUUCAGAUGGCCAGUUAUGCACCGUUAUUUGUAAACGCCAACGACCGAAAGUGGAACCCGGACGCUAUUGUCUUCAAUACCUGGCAACAUUAUGGGACUCCUAGUUACUGGAUGCAGACGCUAUUCGGUGAGUCCAGCGGGGCUAUAGUUCAUCCAAUCACAAUCAACUCCAGAUACUCUAGGUCUCUAGCGGCAUCUGCAAUUACUUGGCAGGAUUCGGGGAAUAGCUUCCUGAGAGUAAAGAUUGUAAACUUUGGAUCACAUGCUGUAAGAGUCAGAAUCUCCAUAACCGGACUUGGCACUAGCGUCAAUGCAAUAGGAUCAACCGUCACAGUUCUCACAUCCGGCAAUGUGAUGGAUGAAAAUUCUUUCAGUCACCCACAGAAGGUCGUGCCAGUCAAGAGGCAGCUGCGGGAUGCAGCAGAGCGAAUGCGUGUCAAGCUGGCUCCUCACUCGCUCACAUCAUUCGAUCUCGCGCUGGCUCAGUCCAAACUUGUCACUCUAGUCGAGAAAGAUGAAGAAUACCUGAUAUCAAGAGUUUGAUACUGAUAUAUGCAUCAAUAAUUAGGGAGUUUUUAGUAUCUUGAGAAUGCAGUGUGUAUGGUACCACCAAGCACAUAAUAUCUCCAUUAGGAAUUAUAUUGUCAAACACUCAAACUUAUCUAACUUUGAUCAAGUUUAUAUAGAAAAGUAUGAACAUCCACAACAAUAAAUUAGUUUAAUUGAGUCCACUAUGAAAUAUGUCUUGAUAGUGCACUUAUUUGGUGAUGUAGAUGUUAAUAUAUUUUUCUUUAAAUUUGGCCAAA